AUGGAGCCGAGCGGGUCCCCGAGCUGCCCCGGGGGCUGCGUCGCCUUCGCCCGCACCCACAAGGGGCUGGUGCUGCUGGGGGAGAUCGUGCUGUGCGUGCUCACCCUGGUGUGCUACGGCGCCUCGCGCACCCCCGGCUACACCGGCGUGGCCGUCUGCGAGCUCGUCUUCGCCGCCGCCUUCUUCGUGGUCUACGUGUGCGGCGUCCACCGGCGCCUGGCCCUCAUCCACUGGGGCUGGAGCGACUUCAUCCGCUGCCUCGUCGGCUGCCUGCUCUUCCUCAUCACCUCCCUCAUCGUCAUCAUCGGGCACCGCGACGGCUCCGGCAUCGCCGCCGGCGUGUUCGGGCUGCUGGCCGGGAUCCUGCUGGGCUACGACGCCUACAUCACGCUGCCGGCGCGGCAGGGCCACGCCGCCGCCCCCACCGAGUCCCCGGAAGGCGCCUGAGCCCCGCCGGCUGCGGCCCCCCCCCCGUAACCGCCCUGGGGCGGGGGCCACGCGGCCCCCCCCCCCCGCCGGGGGGGACCCCGACUCACCCCCUCUCCCGCCGAGGGAGAGGCCAGGCCUUAAGUUAUUGGGGAGGGGCGC